CAUGCAAUGCCUUCUUUCGUCUAGUGGCAAUAAAGCCAUGGCCGUUGAGCGAUGGAAACCCGCGAGGGCUCCUAUCUCCCGAUGGACAUCCGGGGUAUUCUCGCAUAACGCGGGGAAAUGCAGUAGCGGAGCCGCCAGACCACCUGCCUUUUUGUCCCGAAACGGGAAAGGGUUCAUCUUGUCAUGAAAUGCGCACUCGUAUGCAACAUCUACACAGCUCGUAAGAACAGGUCUGACUGCACACUGUCGCAAAGCCUGCCCGAGUCCCUCCGACGACCGGCCGCAGAGUGCAAUUAUCGAUGGCGCCAUACCUAAGCGAGCCUAGGGCAUUUUGUCGCGUCCAGAAAAAUUGGUGGGGUUGGCAUGAGAGGGACAUUUAGUGCUCUGACUGCUUAAAGGCGCUGUAGUCUUACUGCUAUCUUCCGACCUUUUUCUUCCAUUCCCCCUCUCUCCAAACCACAUCUACCUUUGCUUGCCUGUCAUGUCUAGCUACGCACUCCCCAAGUCCCACCAGGACCUUAUGGAAAAGUCCCUGGUGGACACCGACCAAGAGGUCGCUCAGAUCAUGGAGAAGGAAAUCCAGCGUCAGCGCGAGUCCAUCCUCCUCAUCGCCUCGGAGAAUGUCACUUCCCGCGCUGUCUUCGAUGCGCUCGGCUCGCCCAUGUCCAACAAGUACUCUGAGGGUUACCCUGGUGCCCGCUACUACGGUGGUAACGAGCACAUCGACUCGAUCGAAUUGCUGUGCCAGAAGCGCGCUCUUGAGACCUUCGGCCUCGACUCGGAGAAGUGGGGUGUCAACGUACAGUGCUUGAGUGGUAGCCCGGCAAACCUCCAGGCUUACCAGGCUAUCAUGAGGCCACAUGACAGGCUGAUGGGUCUUGACCUGCCACACGGUGGACAUUUGAGCCACGGCUACCAAACACCCCAGAGGAAGAUCUCUGCUGUUUCCACAUACUUCGAGACUUUCCCCUACCGCGUAAACCUCGACACCGGCCUCAUCGACUACGAACAGCUCGAGCAAAAUGCCCUCAUGUACCGCCCAAAGGUGCUCGUCGCCGGUACCUCCGCUUACUGCCGUGAGAUCGACUACGCCCGCAUGCGCGAGAUCGCUGAUAAGGUCGGCUGCUACCUACUGAUGGAUAUGGCUCAUAUCUCCGGUUUGGUCGCUGCUGGUGUCAACAAGUCACCCUUCCAAUACUGCGACAUUGUCACCACUACCACCCACAAGUCCCUUCGUGGACCCCGUGGUGCUAUGAUCUUCUUCCGCAAGGGCGUUCGCAAGACUGACCCCAAGACCGGCAAGGAGACACUCUACGACCUCGAGGGACCCAUCAACUUCUCCGUCUUCCCCGGUCACCAGGGUGGCCCCCACAACCACACCAUCACCGCGCUCGCGGUUGCGCUCAAGCAAGCGCAGUCUGAGGACUUUAAGCUCUACCAGCAGCAAGUCAUCAAGAACGCCAAGGCACUUGAGGUUGCCUUCAAGGGUAUGGACUACAAGCUUGUUACCGACGGUACCGACAACCACAUGGUCCUUCUCGACCUGAAGCCUUUCGCCCUUGACGGUGCCCGUGUUGAGGCUGUUCUCGAGCAAGUCAACAUUGCCUGCAACAAGAACACCACUCCUGGUGACAAGUCAGCUCUCACACCCAUGGGUAUCCGUAUCGGAGCCCCAGCCAUGACAUCGCGUGGUCUGGGUGAGGAGGACUUCAAGAAGAUCGCCAACUACAUCGACCAGUGCAUCAAGCUUUGCAAGAAGAUCCAGAGUGAGCUCCCCAAGGAGAACAACAAGCUCAAGGACUUCAAGAGCAGGGUCGCCAGUGGCGAGGUACAGGAGAUCAACGACCUCAAGAAGGAGAUCGCGGCCUGGGCCGUCACCUUCCCUCUGCCCAUCUAAGUCUACAUACAAUUUUCUUGAAGGGAAGGCGGCGUACACAGGCGUUUCUUUGUCCAAGCGGGUUACGGUGUUUCAACAAAAAGGCAGAUUUGGACUGGCAUAUUCAACAGCUCACACCAUCGGAUUUUACGAGGAAUGACAUGAUUAGGGAGAUGAAAACAAGAUACCUGAAGACAGGGAUUCCACGCGAUGAAAUGCUCUUAGCGUGCCCUGGACUCUUGAUGGGAUAGGAUACGCUGCUUAACCAGCAAAUCUCGAUCCACAAAUGUAGAACAAUUCACUUCAACUUCCAAGACCAUUGCGCCCCGUGGAUUGUGCAUGUAGCUUUGAUGUCUUUUGGUAGGCAUAAAGCCCUACGUAAAUGUGAACAUCUAGAAUCCGUGUAGUGAGUCGCGCUGUUGAUCAGAGGCGACGUUCUCCAAUCAAAGAAGCCAGAUUCGUGAGAGUCAACCUUGGAAUGUAAAUCACAACUUCAUGAAGCUUGGC